AUGGUAAGGGCUCAACGAAAUCUUGAUCAAUUUGUAAUUUACAAUGUUGAAGAGGGUGUACAGUCUACCAAAGAAAGUAAAGCCAAAGAAAGUAAAACCACAGCGACGAAUGUCAUGAAGGAACUUCGUAUCGAAAAAUUAGUUCUCAACAUCUGUGUAGGAGAAUCUGGUGAUCGUUUGACUCGUGCCGCAAAAGUACUUGAACAAUUAACUGGCCAAACACCAGUAUAUUCUAAAGCUAGAUAUACCGUACGUUCUUUUGGUAUUAGGCGUAAUGAAAAGAUUGCUGUACAUGUAACAGUACGUGGACCAAAAGCUGAGGAAAUCUUAGAACGAGGACUUAAAGUCAAGGAAUAUGAAUUGAAGAAAAGUAAUUUUUCGGCGACCGGAAACUUUGGAUUUGGUAUUCAAGAACACAUCGAUUUGGGAAUUAAAUAUGAUCCUUCUAUUGGUAUUUAUGGAAUGGAUUUUUAUGUUGUAUUGGGAAGACCUGGGAAUAGAGUUUCAAGGAGAAGAAGAGCGAUUGCAAAGGUGGGAUUCUCUCACAGAGUGACUAAAGAUGAAACCAUUAAAUGGUUUAAGCAAAGGUUUGAUGGUAUUGUUCUUAACCGCUAA